AUGGUAUCAUCAACCGGUGCUCCACUACAAGAAUGGCUCGUCAUUGUGCCCGACCAUGCGGGUGCGCUGCAGAAGCGUAUUGCGAGCCGGCCGAAACAUUUGGAGGGACUCAAGGCCGAUAGGGAGGAUAUGUGGUUAUGGGGUGGAGCAAUGCUCGAAGAACCCAUCAAAGAAGGCGAUACGAGCCCUCCCAAGAUGAAAGGCUCGGCAUGCCUCAUUGGAGCCAAGACGAGGGAGGAGGUCGUGGAGAGGCUAAAGCAAGAUCAAUAUGUCAAAGAUGGCGUGUGGAAUGUGGAUGAGGCGCAAAUUAUUCCAUUCAAGAGCGCUCUUAGGAAGGCUUUGUACACCGCGGCGAAUGGCGAGAUGGUCACAGUCUUCGUCGGUCCUACGAAAAAGCGCGAAGCCACCACUGGAGAAGUCGUCGCUAUCGCCAUCGGGCCCAACAAAAAGGUCUUUCGGCUUCACAAGGAUAUCCUAUGCCGCGAGUCAGAGUACUUUCGCACUGCCUACAAUGGACGCUGGAAAGAGGCAGAUGAAGGCGUCGCCUUGGAGGACGUCGAAGUUGAAGUUUUCAAGAUCUUCGUACACUGGCUGUACACGCAGCAAACUCCGGGUUUCGAAGAUUACGAUCAAGUUGAUGAAGAGGGUGAAUACCCUGGAGUGGAGAAAUUUGGCUCUAUGCUGCUCAAGGCAUACGUCUUCGCAAACCGAUUUCUCGUCGCAGACUUCGAGCGCAUCACUCAUAAUCUAAUCAUCGACAGUUUUUUAGAGUUUGGAUGCGCAAUGUACGAACACAUCAUCUUGGCCUAUGAGAAUCUACCGGAAGACAGCCUGAUCUUAAAGCUCAUGGUUGAGUUGCAAUGCUUGGAUUGGUCAACGCUCAAAGACAACGAGGAAGAAAAGCAGAGACGCCCUGAUCUACCUAAAGAGUUCCUCAUCCAGGUGAUGUGCAGGUUUGCUGAGCUACGAAACCGCGACAUUGUCGAAGAGAUUAACGCGGAGGCUUUCUAUAUGCAGGAAGAGAGUGAGGAGGCUGGCAAAUGA